ACAUUUUUAUGAAGACUUUCGACACAUGAAAUCAUUAAAUAUGAUCAAAUCAACCAUCGACCUUGAUACUACUCAGAUACACAUCUAUGAUGAAGAGAGGCAUCUUGUAAUUAAACAGCAAAGAGAAUCCCAAUAUAUGCAGACGCCAGCUCCCACUAGCAAACGACAAAGAAAGGACACACACAGUUCUUCUAUCUCCCUGUUUCCUAAACUUCUCAAACUCCAAAAAACACACUACUUUUAAAAACCUGUUGUUGCCUUUUCCUUCUGUGACCACAACACUCCCUCACCAAAAACACCUCUCUCUCUUCCCUCUGCCAUUGCAAUGGCAACAGCAGCAGCAGACCAAGAACAACAAGAUGACGCUCACCUCCUCCGUUCCUACAUUGGCCUCAGCUUCUCCGUCUUCCUCGCCCUACUCCCCACCAACCUCCGCACCAAGGCGCGUGACCUCACGCGCGCCGAGGAGGAGCUGUCCCAGAUGCGCUCCCGCCGCCGGGAGGAUUCCAAGGCCAACGCCAGAGUCGCCGAGAUCUUCGCCUCCCACCGCAACGCCUGGCGCGACGAGGAGAAGCGCCUGCUACGCCGGAUCGACGCGGCGGGGGAGGAGAUCGCGCGCCUCAGGGCCGCGGCGGAGGAGUCCAGAGCCAGGGCGGAGGAGCUCGAGCGCGAGGUGGCGGAGAGAGACGAGAUGAUUGAGUUCAUGUCGAGGAGGAUUCAUGAGGAAGGGUUGGGUGGUUGCCAGAGUAGGGACCACUAUGGUGGGAAGAAGAAUCAGGAGUGGUUUCACAAUGAGCAGGAAGAGGAGGAGGUGGGGACCACCAGGAAUGUGGAGGAAGAGGGAGUGGAGGUUAUCUAUGAACACAAACACCACCACUCUCAGUCUCAGUCUCAGCACCUAGUUGAUAAUAAUGGGUUUGAUGCUGAGUUCAUGGCUUCUGCUUCCAAAUUCUGGGCAGAAAAAGCUUCACUCUGGCAGGAUGUACAGCAUGAGUCACUUGAAUCAAUGUAUAGCGCGAAACAAUUUGUUGCAAGGGAGUCUCCCUGGAAGGUAGAUGGUGAUUCAGCUGGAGUUUCCUCUAAACUUAAAUUACUAGAACACGAAUUGUUGAACCUGGAGAAAUUUGCUAAGAGUGAUCUAUCCAAGGUGGCACCCUUAAUAAAGAAGCAGGCAAAGAGAUAUCAAGCACUUUCAGAAAAAAUUGACGAUUUAUGUAGACGAAUAGCCAGUGAUCCCUCUGAACCCUCUCUCAGUUCAGAAUUUCGAACACAAACUCAAACAGAGUUUUUACUGGAAGCAUUUCGGCUUCAACAGGGUGCAUCUGAGACUGGCCAGAAACUAAUGGCACUGCAAACAGAAAUUGGGAAGAGCCUUUAUAGGGAUGAGUUAAAAAGUGAGGCCACGCCUACCACAAGACGGUCUCUGGACUCCAUAAGGAACAACUUCAAAGAUCUCCAGCGAAAUUUGGAGAUAUGGUUGGCCAGAAUCAUUGGCGAUCUCGAGGGGAUUCUGGCAAGGGAUGGCGCUUCUCGUGUAAGAGAAUAUUAUAUUUCUAGGUAUCCUUUUGUUCAAUAGAAUCUGAGAAGCUGGUAGGAACAACUCAGCCUCACUUCUCAGCCUAACAAAUUAUCUGUUUUGGUAUGUAUGUAUAUUGUUUCAAUACACGAAAGUGGUAGUUGGAUAUCAAUGUGAAACCAUAUACCACUUCUGCUUGUAUUGGUAUCUUAAAUAUGCUCUUCUUCAGUCUUCACCCCCAUGAGCUUCAUAAA